AUGGGUCAUUUAUUCACUAGAAUGGCGACUAUAUGGUUAGAAGAACAACGAGCACAGAAUAAUUUAACGGCAUUUCAAUCCAACAGUAACAAACGCAAACGAUCCGAUUUGAAUGAACUAUCAAAUAAGCGAAAAGCUUCUUCGAAUUCAACAAGUAAAACUGAGAGCGACGAUGAGGAUGAACGUUUGACACUUUCACCGCGAAUUUGCCCCAUCAUCACAAAAUCUUCGACUGCCAAUCAUCGAUCAAUACAAUCAGUUCAUUCAAAUGCCAACUAUGCCGUCGAUGCUUGCCUUGUUUGCGAUUUCUGUUUGUUUAUAGAUUUUCUUUUGAAUAAUAUCGAUAUAAAUAAUACUAUCACACUGAAAUACUAA